AGGAGAGCCGCUGCCAGAUCUGUCCUCCGGUGCUUGGUGUUUUUCCCCUCCCAGCUUGGUUAAAUGGGCGAAAGAAUGCCAUCUUUAGGAUUAAGGGUUAUUUCUCUUAAUUCCUUCAUUCAGAGAAGGAAUUAGAGAGCCAGUUUGACUCCAGGUACAGCGUCUGCGCUUCCAGGGAAAAAACGGAAGAGGUGCGGCUCACCUGCUGGCUGACAGACAUGUCAAUCACAGGACUGAAAAGGAAGCAGCCAAAGACGUUUAAAGUGAAAGUGAUAACAAUGGAUGCCGAAAUGGAGUUUAGUUGUGAGGUAAAAUGGAAAGGGAAAGACUUAUUCGAUCAGGUCUGUUGUGCCCUGGGUCUGAGGGAAACCUGGUUCUUUGGCUUGCAGUACUCCAUCAAAGGGAUAAUCACCUGGCUGAAGAUGGAUAAAAAGGUUUUAGAUCAGGAAAUCCCCAAAGAAGAUCCGGUUUGUUUUCGCUUUCUGGCUAAAUUUUACCCAGAGAAAGUUGAAGAGGAGCUGCUGCAGGAGAUCACCCAACACUUAUUCUUCCUGCAGGUUAAGAAACAAAUACUGGAUGAAGAAAUCUACUGUUCUCCUGAGGCUACAAUUUUGUUGGCUUCUUAUGCUGUUCAAGCAAAGUAUGGUGACUAUGACCCCGAACUCCACAAACCAGGCUUCCUAGCCCAGGAAGAGCUCUUGCCAAAGAGUGUCCUCCGUCAGUAUCAAAUGACACCUGACAUGUGGGAAGACAGGAUAGCUGCCUGGUAUGCAGGACACAGGGGUAUAGCCAGGUAUGAAGCUGAGAUGAACUAUUUAAAAAUCGCACAGGACUUGGCAAUGUACGGGGUUAAUUAUUUUCCCAUUGUUCAGAAGAAGAACCACAUGGAUUUCCUCCUCGGUGUUGAUGCCAAAGGGAUCCACGUGUACAGCAUCAACAAUCGGUUCUCUCCCAACAAGUCUUUCAAAUGGAGCAGCAUUCGGAACAUUUCCUACAGCGAGAAAGAGUUAACAAUUAAGCCUAUUGACAAGAAAGCCGAAGUCUUCAAGUUCUUCUCCUCACAGCCCAAAGUCAAUAAACUGAUCAUGCAGCUUUUCAUUGGAAACCACGACUUGUUCAUGAGGAGGAGGAGAGUAGACCCCAUUGAGAUCCAGCAAAUGAAAGCUCAAGCCAGGGAAGAGAAGGCGAGAAAGAAGAUGGAGCACCAGCGGCUUGCGAGGGAGAAGCAGCUGCGUGAAGAGGCUGAGCGAGCCAAGGAAGAGCUGGAAAGGCGCCUGUUUGAGGUGGAAGAUGAAGCCAGGCAAGCCAACGAGGCCCUGCGCCGUUCAGAGGCAGCUGCAGAGCUGUUGGCUGAGAAGGCCCAAAUUGCGGAGGACGAGGCGAAGCUGCUGGCUCAGAAUGCUGCCGAGGCUGAGCAGGAACGCCAAAGGCUGGAGCUGGCAGCCCGGAAGACCAAGGAGGAGAAGCGCCUGAUGGAGCACAAGAUGCGGGAGGCAGAGCUCAUUGCCAUGCAGCUGGUGAAAGAGUCGGACCGCAGGGCCAAAGAAACCGAGCAUUUGAAACAAGACCUGCAGGAAGCCAGGGAAGCUGAAGAAAAGGUCAAGCAGAAACUUCUAGAUGUCAACAAGGUUAAUCAUCUUCCAUGCUCCCCGUCCUCCUUGGCUGACACCAGAGAUGCCAGUGCUGACAAAGGAGGUGUGAAGUCGGAUUUAAGAGAUAUUGACUUGAAGAGGCUCUCCUUGGAGAUUGAAAGGGAGAGGUUAGAUUACCUUGAUAAGAGCCGGAAGUUUGAAGAUCGGCUAAAAGAGCUCAAGUCAGAAAUCCAUGCUCUAAAACUUGAAGAGAAACAGGCUGGGCUUCUCUCACGCUGGAAUGAAUUGCUUGGGUCCUUGGACCGGUCUUCCCGGAAAAUGUACAAGACCCCUUUGUGGAUCGAAGCCUUUGAGGCAGACCUUCUAGACAGUCUUCAGCGGCCUUUCUUGAUGCAUCCGUUAAAUGUAGAUGACAACACCUUACUUGGAACGCCAAUAGAAAAACCUUCCCUUCAGACAGAUCCGUUUGUUGCCGAAAACGUGGGGACAGGAACCAGAAAGCAAAUUAAGGUUCAGCAGCAUAAAACAGACGUGAUCUACAUUUGAAGACCUGGCGGCUUCUUAAGAGGCUAGACUUGGCACAAACAACUGUUAUGUGACCAAACGGAAAGGUUUCUUUUGCCCAAGCUGCUGUCAUUUCCAUAAGAGGCAUCGCCAAAUGCUAAAACAGAGCAGGAGUAAUGGCCCUGGAACAGCUCCUCUGAUCAGACCCAGUUUGAACAGUGUUGUUAUGCAGGGGUCAUUUUGUAGGAAAAUAGGUGGUGGAGCUCAUUAGCUUAACUCAUUAGCAUAUGCCACCCCCACACCAGCCAAAAGCAACCCGAUGCAAGAAAGGAGAGCCCUGGGCGAGGCCUGCUUGUGCUGUUUAGAAAUCCAUCCAGCCCAAGCAGGCCUCGCUCACCUGGGGCUCUCCUUGCCCUCCCCCACUCAAAAGGCCAGCAAGCCACCUGCCACCCAAAAUCACAUGAGAAAGGGUAGCGUGGGCUUCUCCAGGGGUUAAUGAGGGCUGCUGGGGGUGUGGCUGGCUGGCUGGUGGCUGCCUGCUCUCCUAAUCCAGGGAUUGUUAUGCAGCUGCACCUACUGUUCAAUGGACAAGGUAGAUGGGGAGGAGGGGGAACCCUCAAAGGUUCAGGAGCUGUGCUCCUGUGAGCUCCUGUUGAAUUCAAGGCCUGCUGUUAUGUGAUAUAUACCUACUGGGUGUGUUUAUGUGCACGCGCAAAUCACAAAACAUUGUGUAUUUAUGUGUGUAUUUUCCAGUAAGAACAUUCUUGCUAAUUUGAAGUUUUCUCACGAAAUGGAAAUAGUGCUAUAUAUUGUGGUCCCAAUCCAGCCAAGGUCAGCAUUGACUAAGUCCCAAUGAAGCAAGUUAGCCGAACCACCUUAUUGUAACAGGGCUGCAUUUGGUCCUGUAGGUUUCAAGAUGCGCGUAGCUGGCUUUGGGGAUUUUUUGUUGGUGUUUUUUUUACAAAAAGAGGUUAUGUACACUAAGAUUCAUGUUUGUAAAUACUUCUGCUGUUUAUUACAGGGUGUUUUAAAAUAAAAGUUUUAUUUUAUUUGA